AUGGAACUCACUGCAGUAGAUCACCGCAUACCUCUAAGUGAUGGAAACAGCAUUCCUAUCAUUGGGUAUGGUACCUGCCCACCCCAUACAACGACUCCUAAGGGGAGCUGUAGGGCAGGAGUGAAGCUCGCCAUCGAUGUUGGGUAUCGGCACAUUGAUGGGGCCUACUGCUACCAGAAUGAGCACGAAGUGGGGGAGGCCAUCAGAGAGAAGAUAGCAGAAGGAUGGGUGAAGAGAGAGGAUAUUUUCUACUGCGGAAAGCUGUGGGGUACAGAUUUUGAACCAGAGAGAGUCCUCCCAUGCCUGCAGAAGACACUCCAGGCCCUCCAGCUAGAUUAUGUUGAUCUUUACAUCAUGGAAACGCCCAUGGCUCUUAAGCCUGGAGAUGAAAUUAUUCCUAAAGAUGAGAAUGGCAAUUGGAUAUUUCACCAGACAAAUCUGUGUGCUACUUGGGAGGCUUUGGAAGCUUGCAAAGAUGCUGGCUUGGUGAAAUCUCUUGGUGUAUCCAAUUUUAACCGCAGACAGCUGGAGCUAAUACUGAACAAACCAAGACUCAAGUAUAAGCCAGUCUGCAACCAG